CCUUUUGGGCAAAAUAGAUCAAUCAACAGUUUCUUUGCAAGAUUUUGAAAGAAAGCAGUUGGUAUUGGUGUUGUGUAGGAGCUUCCCUUUUGUGGGGACUCACUGAGUUAAGACUUUGAACAGGUUUUCACUUUCUUUCUCUUUCCUUCUCAGAAAUUAAUGGCAGCUGAAGAGGUUAAUAGGCCACCAUCACUCCCUCCUUACCCUGAGAGGAGAUUAUACCCAGUUUGAGUUUACAAUGGUUUGCUGCUAGCUCUUGUUUAACGUCUCAGAUUAAGAUGAAAUGAUUUUGGCAGCAAUUGAAGCAUUGAAUGAGCAAAAUGGCUCAAAUAAGACAUCCAUAUCCAAGUAUAUUGAAUCAAAAUAUGGAGAAUUGCCUGCUUCCCACACAACGCUUCUCACGCACCACCUUAACAGAAUGAAGGAUACUGGAGAAUUAGUCUUUUGGAAAAACAACUACAUGAAACCAGACCCCAGUGCACCUCCAAGGCGUGGCCGUGGCAGACCCCCUAAACCUAAGGAUCCAUCGCCACCAGGUGCAAUCCUUGCCCCUGCCAGACCCAGAGGCCGUCCGCCAAAGGACCCCAAUGCACCUCCAAAGCCAAUGAAACAAAAGGUUACAUCUACAGGUAGUGGAAAGCCAAGAGGGAGGCCCCGGAAGAUGGCACGGCCUACAGGAGGAAUGAGUGGAACUUCAACUACUACUGCUACAACAGUUCCAAUGGCAACUGGGACUGGAAGGCCAAGGGGUCGGCCUCCGAAAGUGAAAAAUCCUUCUGUGACUGAAGUGAGUGUUCAAAAUUAGGCUAGUCGUUAGUUAGUAGCAGUUGGGCUUUGUUGGCUGUUGAUGUGUCUGUAGAAUUGGGGGUGGUGUGUGUCUUUAGUCUUUGUUAAUGUGUCUGCACAUUUGUAAUUUGCCUGUAGAAUUGAAUGAUUGUAGUUGUUGUUGAGGCUUUGUUGAUUUACUUUAGAGAAUAAUUUUGUAGUAAUGAUGAUUUGGGGUUCAUUAACCUUUGUUCUGUUCUGUAAUUGUUUGUUUUUACUUUUUAUUGA